AUGCAAAUCCGCAUCGCUGCCAAAAAGAUUCCCAGCAUUUCUACCCCAGGAUUGGGACGUGAUCUUGCCACUGCCAUGGUUGGUUCCGCAAAAAUUCCCAUGGUCAAGCCUCCUUCUUUGGCGUACAGCGUUAGUGGACCUAACUUGACGACUGGUGCUCUUUCUCUUUCCAACAGUAUUCGAGCUGCUUCUCCCAUUCGCAAACCGAUGGGGGUUUCCAAGGGACUUUUCCAAUAA